CAGCUAUACACGUUCUUUGAGAAAGAGGAGCACGUGGAAAUUAACUUAGAAAUGGGAAGGCCUGGAUUUACUCCUCGUGGUGGGGGUGGUGAUCGUAGAGGAUUUGGUAGAGGAGGAGGAGGAUUUCGUGGUAGUGGAGGUGACAGAGGAGGAUCAGGAGGAUUUCGUGGUAGUGGAGGUGACAGAGGAGGUUCAGGAGGAUUUCGUGGGGGGGGAGGUGACAGAGGAGGAUUCCGUGGUGGACGUGGCAGUAGUGGAGAUAGGAGAGGGUUUGGCGGUAGAGGAAGAGGUGGUGAUCGUGGUGGAUUUAGAGGAGGAAGAGGAAGGGGUGAUGGAAGAGGUGGGAGAUCCCCUGGUUUCCGUGGAGGUAGAGGAGGAGGAGGAGGUAGAGGAGGAAUGAGGGGUGGGAGAAAAGUUUUUGUGGAGCCUCAUAGACAUGAAGGAGUCUUCAUUGCAAGAGGAAAAGAAGAUGCGCUUGUAACCAAAAAUCUUAUUCCUGGAGAUUCAGUUUAUGGAGAGAAGCGAGUUUCAGUAGAAGAUUUAAAUGGUAAAAUUGAAUAUCGUGUGUGGAAUCCAUUCCGUUCCAAGUUAGCUGCUGCAAUUCUCGGUGGUGUGGACCAGAUUCAUAUGUCUCCUGGUACGAAAGUGUUGUACCUCGGUGCAGCUUCUGGAACUACAGUCUCGCAUGUCUCUGAUGUUGUGGGUGAAGAUGGUCUGGUGUAUGCAGUAGAGUUUUCACAUCGGUCAGGUCGUGACUUAAUAGGUGUUGCCCAGAAACGAACUAAUGUUAUUCCAAUUAUUGAAGAUGCUCGACACCCUCAUAAGUAUCGUAUGCUUGUAGGUAUGGUUGAUACUAUUUUUGCUGAUGUUGCCCAGCCAGAUCAAGCCCGUAUUGUGGCCAUAAAUGCUCACCAUUUCCUGAAGAAUGGUGGUCAUUUUGUUAUAUCAAUUAAAGCAAACUGCAUUGAUUCAACUGCUGAACCAGAGGCUGUGUUUGCUAAUGAAGUGAAGAAACUCCAAGCUGAGAGACUGAAGCCCCAAGAGCAGAUCACAUUAGAGCCAUACGAAAGAGAUCAUGCUGUAGUUGUGGGUAUAUAUAGACCUACGCCAAAGAAAAGCCAGGGAGAGUGAUAGUUCUUUUCUUCAGAUGAAAUACAACCUGUAAAUAAUUUGCAUUUUUAAUCAAUUCCUGCAGCAAAAGACAACAUUUUGUUAAUUUUUUUUUUUACUUCUCUCAUGUUUAUGUCUUGAGGAACUGUUUCCAUGUGCAGGAAAUAAAAUUUUAUGACAUAGCUCAA